AUGACAGGGACUGCAUUCGUGAGGGGAGAUCUUUGUGAUUCAAACCAUAUUUUGAAAUCGAGAACUCCAGAUAAUACUAUUGUAGCUUCUGUCAAUAUGAUUGAGCAAGACCUAGGAAUAAGUCCAACCGCAGAAGUCAAGGGGGCUAUCAACACUCGCACCAAGCAUAUUUGUGAUCAGCUUGCUGCUCUUUCGUCUGUUCAGAUUCUCAGGCCCAAUCCAAGCUGGACAUCUAUCCCUCAAGAGGACCGGACCAGAAUGUGUGUCAGUCAUUCACACGCGCUCAAGAAUUAUGGAAUUGAUUUCACCAGAUGUCAUAAAAACUGGGCAUCAAUCACAAAGGUUAGUCAGUUAUGGAGAAGUCGUAGAAAGCAACACCUCUCUGCCAAUACAAUUAAUUAA